GAAACAAGUUUUCUUUGUUUUGUUUUUCAUGUUUCUCUAUAUUUUGUUGGUACGUCAUAGUCGAGGGGGAACAGCUGAUUCGUUGAAAAUAAAAAUAGAGAAAAACCUUGCCGCAUAGAACGAAUGUCGACUACGAGAAAUGAUGUUGCUCUUCUGCAUUUUGUGCGCAUUUUUAACAAUUAACGUACGUUUAACAUUGGGAAACAACAAUGAGUGGGAUUUGUUGAUAUUUACUCAACAUUGGCCAAUAACUGUUUGCACUGAGUGGCAGGAGUCGAAGGUGGACAAUGAAUGCAGGCUACCACCAAAGAAGAAUCUGUGGACAGUCCAUGGUGUUUGGCCAACUAGGAUGGGAACCAUAGGACCUGCAUAUUGCAAUAAUUCUUGGCCAUUCGAACCAAAAAAGCUGUCUCCUAUAUUGAAUGAACUGCAAGUGUACUGGAUCAAUAUCGAGGCAAACACUCCACCUUAUUCAUUUUGGCAACAUGAAUGGUCCAAGCAUGGCACAUGUGCUGCUGAACUCGAUUCUUUGAACAAUGAGUUAAAUUAUUUCAAAACUGGGCUGCAAUGGAUCCAACUGUAUGGAAUGGGCAAUAUAUUAGCAAAGGCCAACAUCAAGCCUGAUUCUAAAGGUUACAACAUUUAUGAAAUAUAUGGGGCCAUCAAGAAACUAAUGCAUAAGAAUCCAGUGGUGGAAUGCGUUUGGGACAAGAAAUUAAAGGCGCUACUUUUGAGCGAGAUUCGCAUUUGCUUUGACAAGAAGCUGACUUUGAUUGAUUGCGAUGGAGUUAAGGAAAUGUUUGAGAAUGUGAAAGAUAUCAAUGGCAUUCUCACCAAUUGUGACCCCAACCAAAGUAUUAUGUAUUACAAUAAAGUUCCAGUAUUGAAGAGAUUAGUUGUUGAGACUGAAUCCAGCAAAUAUUACAAGCAACUUUUGCAGUUAUACAAUACCAUCCAAUAUCUAAUAUGGUUUACUUUCUAGUCCAGCUUGCUGAUGAUUGAUAUAUUUAAAACAGUUUUAAUUCAAUUGUGCCUUAUUGAUGAUUGUUAAAAUAGAGUAAAUUAUUUAAAGAGUACCAGUUUAUUUAAUUAUUGCUAGUUAAUGAAUAUGGCUUUAUUUUUGUAGCAGAUAGAUAUUUUUUAUGAUUAUUAUAAGCCAAAGUGUUGUUAACUGCAGGAAUCUACUAUCUUAAUAUGGAAUCUUCAAAUGCAAUUGCUUCCUAAGAAGAUUAAAAAUGCGUAAUUGCUUUUUUAGAUAUUAUGUCCUUAAAUGAGCAGACAAUGUAUUUUUAUUUCCUUGUAUCAAUUAAACAUUAUUUAAAUCAUUA